AUGGGGUUGGGCUACUUCUUCGCAUCGCUGUAUCUGCCCUCGUAUGCGACCGCCGACCGCAUGCGAUCGACUCAGGGUGCGCUCCUGCUGACGCUGAUGAGCAUCUUCCAGGACCUGGGCCAGAUCGCGUUCGGCUACCUGUGCGACCGCAGACUGCCCCUCGACGUCCUGACCAUCAACUCGCCCUUGGUCGCCGGGGUUGCGGUGUGCACGUGCUGGGGUCUCGCACACAACGCCACGCCUCUUGUUCUCGCCGUGUUCGCCGUCCUCUACGGCUCCUUUGGCGCCGGCUACACGGCCCUCUGA